GAAGCAUUUCUCUUUCUAUGUGCUUUUUUCUACUUCCAAAAUCCAAUCUGAGCUGCUCUACAACUGGUCUGCAAGAAGAGAAAGAAAAGGGCAGAGGUGUCAGUUAGAUAGACCAUAUAUAGGAUUCUUCUACAUCCCUUGCACAUGCAAAAAACAAGUGACUGCUUACUAAUUUGGUGAAGUUCUAUUGGUCUUAUACUCUUAGAGUUUCAACUGUGAAGUGAAUUUAUAAUGCAGAGUGUGCACAGUACUUCAGCAGAUAUGGCUCAUACUAAUCCAGUGAAGGUACUGGAGCACUGCAAUAUCUCUCCACCACCGGGAUCUCUUGGAAACAAGAUCCUUCCCCUCACCUUCUUCGACAUUUUCUGGUUGCCUCCCUAUCCCCUUGUGAAGGUCCUUUUCUUUUAUGAAUAUUCUUACUCUAUGCACCACUUCAAAAAUACCAUAUUUCCCAACCUUAAACACUCACUUUCCCUCACACUCCAGCACUUCUAUCCUCUUUCUGGGCAUUUAGUAUGGUCUCAAGAAUCAUCCGAGCCCAAGUUCUGUUACAUUGAUGGAGACUCAGUCUGCCUAACCUUGGCAGAAUCAGAUGGUGAUUUCCACCAUAUCUCAGGCAAUCAUGCAAGAUAUGUCAAUCAAUUCCAUUGUCUUGUCCCUACACUUACCCCGUCAUCCAUGGUUGAUCCUGAAUUUUCAAUUCCACUUUUGGGUUUGCAAGUAACAGUGUUUCCAAACUCCGGCAUUUGCAUCGGAGUAACUGCUAGUCAUGUAGCCCUUGAUGCUAGGACCCUUGUCCACUUCAUGAAGUCAUGGGCAUCAGUUUUUAGAUCAGGAGUUGAUUCAUUGCCACUAGACUCUCUGCCAUUACAUAACAGGAAUGUAAUAAAUGAUCGGAAGGAGCUCAAGACGAAUUACUUGAAUGAGAUUAAAAAACUUAGAGGAACCAUUGAACAAAAAAGCCUUAAGGUUUCAGACAACCAUAUAGUCCCAUCGGACAUUCUCCAGGCAACAUUUGUUGUGAACCAAAAUGAUGUCAAGCGACUGAGACAAUGGAUCUUGGCUAGACGCAAGAAGGAUGAGGAACAGACAUCAAUUACCCCAUCACAUCUAUCAACAUACUCUGUAAUUUGUGCCCACACUUGGGUUUGCUCAAUUAAAUCAAGAUCAAUCGAUGGUGCUGCUUCUAAGAGUCAAGAUAUGGAGGAGAUCUUCGCCAUUGCUAUGGACUGCCGCAUCAGGGAUCGCCUGGAUCCUCCAGUUCCAGAAACAUAUUUUGGAAAUUGCUUUACAGUUUGUGUUGCAACAGUGAAAAGGAGUGACUUAAUGGGAGAAGAUGGGAUCAGCAUUGCAGCAGAAGCGAUCACAAAGGCAAUAAAGAAGCGAUUGGAUGAUGGAGUGUUGAAUGGGGCAGAGUACUGGAUGUCUAAGGGGAGUGAAGCAGUAAAAAAGGAGCCUUUUGCAGUUGCAGGGUCACCUAGGUAUAGAAUAUAUGAUACAGAUUUUGGUUGGGGAAGGCCAAAGAAGUAUGAAUCACUCACACUUGGUGAGACAAGUAUCUCCCUUUAUGACUGCAAAGAUGGAGAAGGCAGCCUGGAAGUUGGGGUGGCUUUACCUAAGCUUCGGAUGGAUUAUUUUUCUUCUAUCUUUUAUAAAUUUCGAGAGACCUAGUGCUG